AUGUCCGAUAUGAAACGCGGAAAGGAUGAUCCGGCGACGGUGCCGCGCGAUUCAUCUGGCGAUGUAGAUGUAUUGAAGCUUGAAAUGCAAGCAGCGGAAGAUGUUGUCCCGAAGCCGGAGAGCAUCCGGCACAUGAGCCCUCAAGAGCUCCAGGCUUUUGAAACAAAGAUGGUCCGAAAAAUGGACCUCGUCAUCAUAUCUGCCCUUGCCGCGGCCAAGCUCUAUGGGAUUAUGGAAGACCUGAACAUGACAACCAAUGACUUCGCGACUGCCAUCUCUAUUCUAUUCGUUGGGUACCUUCCUUUCCAGAUCCCAUCGAAUUUGGUCAUGACGAAGAUUUCUCGGCCCGGGCUUUACAUCUGCAGCGCUGCGGCAGUAUGGGGUAGCGUUAGUGCUUGCACUGCGGCUGCCAAGAAUUACAAUUCUCUCCUAGCCCUGCGUGUUCUGCUCGGCAUCACGGAGGCCGUCUUCUUCCCCGGUGUCAUCUACUUCCUUAGCGCAUGGUACACCAAGAACGAGCUUGGGAAGCGACUAGCUGCUCUCUUCAUGUUUCAAAUGCUGGGAAGUGCAUUUGGUGGAUUCGUCGCCGCCGCCUGUUUGACUCUUGACGGCCGAUAUGGAAUUGCGGGUUGGCGUUGGCUUUUCAUCGUUGAGGGUGUCAUCACCGUUGGCUGUGGCAUCAUUUUUUCCUUGAUUAUGCCCGAGUAUCCGCACAACGCUCGACUUCUGAAGCCUAUUGAACGAGACUAUGCCGUCUGGCGUAUCGAGAUGGAGGCCGGUGAUGGAGAGGCCCAUGAAGAUACCACCACGUGGGAGGGUUUCAAGCUUGCAAUUCUGGACCCCAAAAUUUGGCUCAUGGUUUGGUGUAUGGGCAUGGGUCAGGCGAUGGGUAGUAUCGUCAACUUUUUCCCUUCCAUUGUAUCAACCCUCGGCUACAACAAGAUGAUCUCUCUUCUUCUUACGGCGCCUCCUUAUGUUUUGGCCGCCAUCUGGUUCUACAUCAUCUCGUAUAUUAGUGACCGUCUCAUUCAUUGCGUAUAUUAUCGCGCUGUCCACCUUGAAUACCGGAGCGCGCUACUUCGCGAUGAUGCUUAUGCCUUCCCGGGACCCCAGAUCAUGCUUUAUAAGACUCUCAGCAUCCACAUGGCGCGACCGUUUCCGAAGCGAGCUGCUGGCGUUGCCAUGAUGAACGCCAUCGGUGGCCUGUCCAAUGUCUGGACCAGCUACCUUUACUACGCGCCUCCCAAUUAUUACGCCGCUUUCGGAUGCCGCUACACUGUUUACGUGAGGAGGGUCAACAAACUCCUCGGUGGCAGUGAGGAGGACCAGCGCAAGGCAAUGAAGACCGGAGUUACGAAGCAACAAGUUGAACUUGGGUGGAGGUAUGUUGGGUACUAA